CCCCGGCCCCGGAAGCUCGGGGCGGAAGUGGGAGGCGGAAGCGGCCGUUGCUAUGGAUCCCGCCGAGGACUGGCUCGUGGAGUCCUUGCGCCUGUACCGGGAUUUCCACGCCUUCGACCUCUCGGGAGCCACGCGAGUCCUUGAAUGGGUCGGUGACAAAGGAGUCUUUGUUGCCGGCUAUGAAAGCCUGAGAAAAAAUGAGAUUCUUCACCUGACCUUACCUCUCAGACUUUCUGUGAAGGAAAACCAGGGCUUAUUUCCAGAAAGAGAUUUCAAGGUAUGCCAUGGAGGAUUUUCAGACAGGUCUGUCUUUGAUCUGAGGCACGUCCCAGACACCAGGUUGCUGGUGACCAGUGGCCUUCCGGGUCCUUACGUGCAGGUGUGGCAGGUGGCCGAGGACAGCGAUGUCAUUAAAGACGUCGGCGCCAUCGCUGUGCCUGAGGAGGAGGAGGGCCUCUGGCCCAGGGUGGCCAUCUUCUCAGCGGCGUCCCCCGCGGUCCUCCACGGGGCCAGGCUGGGCAGGCUGCGCAUCGUGGACCUGGAGUCCCAGAAGACCAAGUUCAUGUCAGGUAUCAGUGACAGCGAGGCGCUGAGCAGCCUGCAGGUCCUGGAUGCAGACACCUUCGCCUUCUGCUGUGCCUCAGGCCGCCUGGGGCUAGUUGACACUCGCCAGCAGUGGGCGCCCUCAGAGUGCCACCACCCCAGCUCUGGCGAGGGGCCUGGUGGGGGGAGGUGGUGUGCAGAGGUUGGGGGCCAGGGCUCCGGGCCCCACAUUGCCAGCCUUGGCUCACAUGGGCAGCUCUGCCUCCACGACCCCCGGGAUCUGUCCCACCCCGUGAGCACAGUCCAGUGCCCGGUGCCCGCACCCAGCCCCAAGCCUGAGCUGCUGCGAGUGACCUGGGCCCCAGGCCUGGACAACUGCUUGGCCAUCUCAGGUUUUGAUGGGACCGUCCAGGUCUACAACAUCACGUCUUGGGGUGGAACAGGGAGCCAAGUGGAACCGCUCUUCACUCACAGAGGUCACAUCUUCCUGGACGGCCAUGGGGUGGACACUGCUCCGCUGGUCACCACCCACACUUGGCACCCCCAGAAACCGAGGACUUUGUUAUCAGCCGCAAGUGAUGCCUCUCUGCAUGUGUGGGACUGGGUGGACCCCGACACCGCCUGCUGACACCAGCAUCUGGGAGGAGGGGUCGCUGCUAUGUGUAAGGACACUGGUGUACGACCACAGAGGUUUACGAGCAGGCCCCACUCCUGAGACAGCUAAGGGGGCACUUGUAGUGGGGAGGGGUCCUGUGUGUAGGGAGCAGAGGCUGAGUAUUCACCUGAACCAGGUGUGACUGAAACAGGACAAGCCCCAGGCACUGAGGAUGGCCCACAUGCUCGUGACUGCAGGAUGUGACCCAAAGGUAGGUACAGCCAGGAACAACAAUAACAGGAUCUACUUAAACUGUGACAAGGGAGCGCUGAGAGAAGGCAGAGAGAGGCGAGCACACUGCCUGGUGCCUUCUGCCACUCCAGUUGUGUCAGCUGAGCAGAGAUUGGUUCCAGCCCAAGCUGCGCUGGCGAGCUGGCAGCUCCUCCACAGACAGCCCUCACCAGCAGCCUAACUGCCCAAAGGCCCCGCUCUUCCUGUGCGCACCCAUCCCCUCUCAGGGGGUGGAGUCUGGAAAACCCCACCCACCAUCGAGAUAAUACAGGGUGGGGUCUGGAAAUCUGCAACUUGGAGCCCAGAGUUCAAUGAGGGAGCCAUCUAGCGCUCCCCUUAGUUCCCCACUUUCAAUGUCAGUGUUUCUGCGAUGAUGAAAAACAGAUGUCUGGGUGUUGGCGUGUGGCCUCAGGAGUUUUCUCUGGAGUUGCCGUGUAUUCAAAGGACACGGCAGCGGCCAGUGUGUUAGGGUCCUCCAUUUCUGGAAAGUAGCCAGGCAGGCUGAGCAAGAGAGAAACCUCUCCAAACUGUUUACAAGAGAAACUACAUUAAAAUCAUUUUCUCUCUGCCUUCAUCCCCGUUCUUUCAACUUGUACAGCAAAGUACACUUGUAAGCGAAGUCUAAUUCCAGUAUAUUUGAUCUGUUUUUGCAUUAAUUCAAGAGGAGAACCCAGUAGAAUUCUGGUUGGCUGUGUUGGGGUUUGCCACAAGGGGACUUGAAUUCUCAACAUUCAGCCUUGGGGCUGUUCAGAACUUGGGGGCCAUGUCACAGGAUGCUCCCACCAGGCUCACCUGCAACAUUUGUACCUUCAGGUAGAGCUCCUCGAGGUCUCCAGGCUUUUCUCUCUGGGUUUUCCAGGCCUGCUGAGAGGUUAAGCUGCUCCACUCUCCUGAGAGGCUUCUAGAAUCCUAUAGGCAAGGUGGCAAGCGCUCCUCUGCGCUGAAGGAAUCUGGAGUUGUUGCUCCACCACCGCAGCCAUCCUUUAGUCCACAGGAGAACCUUGCAGCUGUGCUCCGGGGCACAAACCCCUUCCUUCCCCCUCCCCAUUUGAGAAGCCACUUGCAAGUAGGUUUCACUAAGUAGACCUGGAAGCUGCAAAGCCAGAGCACACAUUAGAGUGAACGCUAGUGGAAAUCAAGAGUAUUCACCCUGCAGGAUGGAGGUGAAGAAAAGGGGCUUCCUGCCCCUCUUCUCCAUGGCUUGGUGGUCUGAGCCUCAGUUACUGGGGCGGCAGCUCCACAAGUGUGGUGAUGGGGUCAAGGGCUGCUGACCUGGUGGGUAACGAGAGCAGCUCGAAGAUGUUUGCGUAGCAGAGGAAACGCCAAUUAUGCACACUGGGGGAUAAAGAUGGAGAGGCUGGUGGGGACAGGGCAGCAUAACUGCCCGUGCCCCCAGCCCCUGGUCUUCGGAACCGCACCCCGGAGUGAAUAUGCAGGACAGGUCGGAUCUGCGCACUGGG